AUGCUUGAAAAUGAAACCAUCUCCGUCGACCGUGCCUCUGUCGAUCCAAGAUGGGAUAAGCUCUUUCGAGAGAUUGAAGAAAAGUUUCGACAGUCUCAUCUCGCUCCUGAAAAGUGGUACCUCACAACACUUGGAGCCAUUGUGCCAAGCUCAGAGCCUCAAAUGACUGGUCAAUUGUACUUGUAUCUACUAAGCCAAACAAAGUACAGGACGGAAGAGGAGCGGAAAGCCCUUACGCUUCGCUUUCAUGAGGGCAUUCUCAAGACGAUCGCUCUACUAGGUAUUCCAAAGCCAGCGGAGGCGAUCAUCUCAAUCUCCAACCUGGAGCCCGAGGAAAACGUGAAUUUACCAGUCAGUCGGGAGCAUUGGCAGUCUGGUCCUGAGAACCACGCUCGGGGAAUCGACUGGCUUCAAAAGGUAUAUGCUCAGAAUACACCGGCUCUUUUGCAGAUGUUCAGGAAGCACCGCGACUUCGCAGAUGCUCUGAGCGACAUCGCCUACGGGCUGUACCUGUCCGACCGUCAAAUAUUGGAUGAUGUGGAUACGGAGUUAAUCGCCUUGUCCGCCGUGAUGGGUCAAAAUCUUCCGCGAAUGACAUACUGGCAUAUUAGAGGUAGUCGGCGAAUCGGAAUCUCGAAAGAAGAUGUCCAGAUGCUCUGUGAUUGUGUGCAUGCUGUCGCCAAUCUUUGCGGAACCGAAUUGAAUCGAGUUCGUGAAGUGCAAGUUCAAGAGGAAGAGUUGUGA